AGACUUGUAAUUUGAUCUUUCUCGUGCCUGCAGGGAAGGAGCGAGACUACUUCGUAUCCAUGCAUCAGGAAGUGGGCACGGAGAACAGCGUACCCUGCCUGCGUGUGAACCACUACCCGCCCGUCCUUUCUACACUGCCCGAGGGCACCACUACCCGCUUCAGUGCCCACACUGACUACACCACCUUCACAUUCAUCUUUCAGGAUGACAUGGGUGGCCUUCAGGUUUGUGACCAAGACGGGAAGUGGCUGGAUGCUGGACCCGCCCCAGGCACCAUCCUCAUACUGGCCGGAGACUUUCUCAAGUACUACUCAGACAACAAGGUGGUCGCUGCGGUUCACCAAGUGGUGAUUCCUGCCGAGGAGAUACAACGAAAGUCGCCCCGCACCUCCAUCGCUUACUUCGUCCACGCUGAUGGCCACAUCCCCAUAAGGCCCCGGGAAUCUUCCACUGAAGAGCCUCCCACAGUGCUGGAAUACGCCUGCAGCAGGCUGGCUAGGGCUUACACUCAGAAAUAACGACUUUACGCUUGCAGCAAGCCAUCCCAGUAAUCAUUGUCACUUGAAUCGUACUGUGAAGGUCGUGUUUAUUACCACUUGACCAAUCUCCAUCCUUUACUACCAUCGUCUUACCAGACUGUGGUUUGAGUAGUGUCCAGAAUAAAUGUGUGAAAUUUCUGAUUUAGGAGUUAAUUAUUUUGAGCCCAAAUCAGCAGUCACCUUAUCCAACAUCAUCGAGUCUACUUCCACACCAAGUUUUUUUUUUUUCUAAUAUUCUUUAUGAAUAAAUGCAACAAAUUAUGUUUUCAAAAAUCUGUUUGCAAAAAUAUUUUUUUUAAUUAAUAAUGUUUCUGGUUCCAGUUCAACACUUAGACACUAUAUCUAACCCACCUACAGUGAGACAAUAAAAAAAAAAAUUUAA